AUGGCAUCCCAAAACGCCCUCGAUAACCCCGAUUCUUAUGCGAUCGCCUGGAUUACUGCUCUUCCCAUCGAGCGAGCCGCUGCAGAAGCGAUGCUUGAUGAAGAACAUGCCGCUCCAACGGGCUUCACUCGACACCAGUCCGAUGCGAACUUUUAUACCUGGGGUCGUAUGGGGGAGCACAGCAUUGUGAUUGUCUCUUUGGCUGCUGGGGACUAUGGAACUACCUCCGCUGCGACCACAGCUUCAAACUUGCUGGCCUCGCUGCCAUCGAUCCGUGUUGGUCUUUUGGUGGGGAUAGGUGGCGGCAUCGCUCGUCCUGACGGGGACUACGAUAUCCGGCUAGGUGACAUUGCCGUGAGUCAGCCUUUUGGGACCACAGGCGGUGUCUGCCAGUAUGACUUGAUCAAAGCAAAGUCUGGUGAUAAACGUGAGCGUAAAGGCUUCCUCGGGCGGCCUCCGACAGUCCUCCUCAAUGCGCUUGCGGGAAUCCAGGCGAACCACGAGCGGAAAGACUCCAAGGUCCCCUGCUUCCUGCAAGAGAUGCUAGAGAAGAACCCGAAGAUGAGCAGGAGAUCCAAGAAAAAUCCCGGCUAUGCUCAUCAGGGCUUGGAAAACGACCGCCUGUUCAAAGCUUCAUGCGGCCACGUCCCCGGCCCGGACUGUCGGGGAUGUGAUACAGCUGAAGAAGUUCAACGCGAUCCUCGAGAUACUACUGAACCAGAGAUUCACUACGGGACCAUCGCAUCCGGUAACACGCUUGUCAAAGAUGCCGCUGCUCGUGAUCGAUUGAUUGCUGAUCUUGGCGAUGAUUGCAUCUGUUUUGAGAUGGAAGCGUCUGGCCUGAUGAACCACUUUCCCUGUCUUGUGAUCCGGGGGAUAUGCGACUAUGCCGAUUCUCACAAGAACGAUCGAUGGCAACGCUACGCUUCGGCGACCUCCGCUGGGUAUGCCAAGGAGCUUCUCGCAUACGUGCCGGUCACGGAGGUCCAAGAGACUAAGAGGGCGUUGGAAGUGUUACAGUCAGUCCAACAACAGAUUGAUCGCUUGCAGCAGACGACAGUCGCAAUGAAAGCUACUACCGAUUCUAUUAAGUCUGACCUUCGUACCCAUGAGAUCAAAGGCUGGCUUAAUCCUGCGGACCCGUCUACGAACGCCAGCCGUGCAAGGAGGCUCCACCAUGUGGGGACAGGCGCCUGGCUCCUAGAGAGCCCCGUCUUCCGGUCGUGGUACUCAGGGUCGCGUCGACAUCUAUGGCUGCAUGGGCUCGCGGGAUGUGGAAAGACCAUUCUCAGCACAACUGUGCUUGAUCAUCUCGCAAAAGGAAAGACGACCUAUGAAAGCAUGUUACGGUCGCUUGCUUUCCAGCUUUACCAAGGUGGGGCUGACUCCGCAAUUCAUCUUGAUACGUCAUUUCAAGCACACCACAAUGGCAAAGACCAACCUCAGACAGAGGCGCUCUGGGUUAUGCUCUAUAAGAUGCUCAGAGUCCAGAAGAGAGUCUCUAUCGUUUUGGACGCAUUAGAUGAAUCAACGUCAAGGGAUGAUAUUCUGAAGUGGGUCGAAGACAUAAUAUCCAGGCCAGAAUUGGCCCAUAUCCAGCUGUUCUAUACCAGUCGACCCGAGUCCGAGUUUUUGCGCUACAUUCCAAUUUUGAUAGGAGGGGAAGGUUGCCUACCACUUAAUGGGCAGGCUGUCAACUCCGAUAUCCGUUCAUGGGUCUCAGAACAACUCUCAAAACGGCGUGAAUUUACAGAGAAACCCUUGUCACAGGGUCUUCUUGAAGAAAUACGGAAGAAGGUUGGCAACGGGGCAGAUGGAAUGUUUAGAUGGGCGUUCUGUCAAUUAGACAGCCUAGCUCGAUGCCGUCACGAGGCAGCUAUAGAGGAGGCUCUCACAUCUUUGCCGCUGAAUCUAAAUGAGACAUACCAGCGCAUGAUUACAAAUAUACCGACAGAGCUAAAAAACGACGCGAUACGCCUCCUACAAUUUCUAGUGCACUCCAAGCGACCUCUUAAGCUGGCCGAGGCCAAAGAAGUAAUAGCGACGAAAAUUGAAAAUGAGUCGCUAGGGUUCGACAUCAAGCGUCGACUAUUCUGCGAGACUGAUGUUUUGGAUUACUGUCCCGGCUUGGUGACAGUCGUUCACGGCACCGAAAAAGAGUUACAUCUUGCCCACUUUUCCGUCAAAGAGUACCUUCUCCGACAGGAUCAUUUCCAGAUCACGACGGCUAGCAUUUCCAUCACGAGGACGUGUUUAACUUAUCUUACGGACAUCAAAGGUAACCACAGAGAGAUCGAGCGGGAUUUUCCGAUGGCAAGAUGUGCGGCGGAACUCUGGGCAAGCCAUGCUGCGUUCGCUCAAGCUUCCGAAGAUAUAGUUGGAUUGACAGUCAGGUUCAUAGAAAAGGAAGAUACAUUCCAACGGUGGGCUCGUUUGUAUCAAGCGGAUAGGAGCUGGGACGGUAACCCUGGUCCUCCUCGAGGUUCCAGGCUUUAUUAUGCUUGCUUCAUUGGGCUUCUAGCGGCUACACGAGUUCUUAUAAGCAAGGGAGCAGAAGUUAAUGCGCAGGGCGGCGACUACGGUAAUGCUCUCCAGGCCGCCUCAGAGAGAGGUAAUUUAGAGAUUGCCAAGCUGCUCUUGGACAAGGGAGCGGACGUCAACGCACGGGGCAACUUUUACGGCAAUGCUCUAUAUAUCUCCCUCGUUGCGAGGCCAUCAAGAGAUUACCGCGAAUACGAGAACGUGCUCCGGUCCGCCCCAAGGACAAACCAUCAAGAGGCCGUUAAACUGCUUUUAGACCAGGGAGUGGACAUCAUCGCUCAGGGCGGCGGAUUUGGCAAUGCUCUUAAGGCCGCCUCAGAGGAAGGCCAUCAAGAAAUUGGAGCGAAUGUCAACGCACGGGACAACUUUAAAAGCGACGCUCUGUAUGUCGCCUUAUUGCGAGACCAUCAAAAGAUUGUUAAACUGCUCUUGGACAAGGGAGCGGACGUUAACGCGCUGGGCGGCGACUAUGGCAAUGCUCUCCAGGUUGCUUCAUUACGAGGGCAUCAAGAGAUUGUCAAAGAGCUCUUGGACAAGGGGGCGGACGUUAGCGCGCAGGGUGGCCGCUACGGCAACGCUCUUCAAGCUGCCUCAUUGCGCGGCCAUCAAGAUACUGUCAAACUGCUCUUGGACAAGGGAGCGAAUGUUAACGCACAGGGCGGCGACUAUGGUAAUGCUUUCCAGGCCGCUUCAUUACGAGGCCAUCAAGAGAUUGUCAAAGAACUCUUGGACAAGGGGGCGGACGUUAGCGCGCAGGGUGGCCGCUACGGCAACGCUCUUCAAGCUGCCUCAUUGCGCGGCCAUCAAGAUACUGUCAAACUGCUCUUGGACAAGGGAGCGAAUGUUAACGCACAGGGCGGCCGCUAUGGCAACGCUCUGUAUGCCGCCUCGUUAGGAGGCUGUCAAGAGAUUGUCAAACUGCUCAUGGACAAAGGAGCGGACAUCAACGCCGAGGGCCGCUACGGCAACGCUCUCCAGGCAGCCUCAGUUGGAGGCCAUCAAGAUACUGUGAAACUACUCUUGGACCAGGGAGCGGACGUCAAGGCGCAGGGCGGUGUCUACGGCAAGGCUCUCCAGAUUGCUUCAUGGGGUGGCGAUCAAGAGAUUAUUGGACCCCUCUAA